CCUGAGGGUUCAAGUCGUCGCCCUGAUGGCGAUCGACUCUCGGCGAUGGUUUCAUAAUGAAUUGUCUGGUCUUGCCGCUGAAAAGCUUCUUAUUGAGAAGGGCGAGCCCGGCAGCUUUUUGAUCCGUCAAAGUCUGAGCAGUCCCGGAAAUUUCACGCUGUCUGUACGUAGGAAGGAUUCCUUUGCACACAUUCGAAUCCAAAAUACCGGGGAUUUUUUGAGUUUUUUUGGCGGUGAUAAAUUUGCAACGCUAUCUGAGCUUGUCAACUACUACCGUGAGAAUCCUGGUCAACUGAAGGAGAAGAAUGGCGCCAUUAUCGAACUUCGUCAUCCUCUUGUUGUUGACGACUUCGCUGCUGAGAGCGCGCGAUGGUUUCAUGGUCGACAAACGGCAAAAGAGGCGCAGAACCUUCUUUUGCAGAAGGGAAAAAAUGGCAGUUUUUUAGUAAGAGAGUCGAUUCGUCAGCCCGGCUCAUAUGUGCUGUCGGUUGUGACUGGCGGUAAUACUGUUUCGCACAUCCUCGUAAAUCGACUUCCAAACUCCAAGUUUGAUAUGGGCGACGGACAAGAAUUCUCGUCUCUUAGUCAACUCAUCGACCACUACACUGCGUUUCCUAUUAUGGUCAAGGAUGGCGAUUUGAUAUGCUUGAAACAGCCCUUCAAUGUGACCCGAAUCAACGUCUCUUCUUUGGACCAGCGAAUAGCUCAGCUCGAGAAGGAGGGUUCUAAGGGAAAGCGGGUAACUGGCUUCUUGGAAGAGUUUGAGGAGCUCCAUCAAGACGUUCAUGAGUCAAGUCGAGUUGAGGGUAGUAAGCUCUGCAACCUUGCGAAGAAUCGCUACAAGAACAUCCUCCCCUUCGACGCCACGCGGGUAAUUCUUCGUGACGGUGAUCCCAACGUUCCAGGCUCCGACUACAUCAAUGCCAACUACAUCGCCAAACCGGCGUUCCUUAGCGAAGGCCUUCAGUUGCCGAAAUCGGCCACCGUCGACGACCACGAUGCACGUGGCGGUGGUGUUGAUGUGAACACUACCGGUCAAACCACAUCUUCCACUAACAUCUCCACGAAGCCCCAGUACAUCGCCACCCAGGGCGUGCUUCCGGGAACCGUUGGCGACAUGUGGCGGAUGAUCUGGCAGGAGCGCUCUUCAAUUGUCGUCAUGCUGACGAAGGAGAAUGAGCGUGGCAGAAAUAAAUGCGAGAAAUACUGGCCGACCGAGUUAGAAGGCUCACUCGUCCUCCAAGUGCCAUUAGGCACUCUCAAGGUCACCCCGGUUUCCGAGCAGAACUUCAACUCCUACAUGAUUCGUGAGCUCAAGGUCAGCCUUCACCGGUUCAAUGCACAGAACGAUUCCGGCUUCAUUGAGGACGACUCGUUCACGGUGUACCUCCUCCAAUUCCUUGCCUGGCCCGACCACGGAACGCCCAGUGAACCUUCUGAAUUUCUCAAUCUCCUUUUCAAUAUAUCCACUUACCAAGAAAGCCUCAAUACCACAGGACCCAUGAUUGUGCACUGUAGUUCCGGCAUUGGUAGAACCGGCACGUUCAUCGUGAUCGACAUGCUCAUAGACUGUAUCAAAGAGGGUGGCCUUCACACCGACAUCGACAUCGCGCGCACCGUCCAGGCAGUGCGUGAACAGCGGUCGGGCAUGGUGCAGACAGAGGCCCAGUACCGAUUUAUCUACAAGGCCGUACAGGAGUUUGUCUCAAGUCUGAUGCUGCGCGUCAAACUACGGAACGCACUACAACCCUUCGGCAUCGACUACACCAACCUCAAACAGACUCCUAACAGCGAUGGAUGUGCGCACUGCACCGGGACCCCACCACGACACGGCACCUCGUCAUCCUCCCUACCGACAACUCGUGUCAGUGGCGUUGGUGGUUUCUGGGGCUGGAACAGCGCUACUCGGUCCCCUUCUCCCCUCUGCAGUGGAGGACCUGCGCUGUGUCAACAGGCGGUACCACCGACCCCCUUUCGGAGGCCACCGGCUCCUCUUCCAUCGGACCACAAAGAUGUCCUCCGCGACCCCUCCGCCGCCGCCUUCCCUCCCGUCAGCUCGGUGUCACCGCCUCCGGAGACCUCGGGGGUGUCAAGGCGAUGGUACAAACUGUCUUCCGCCCCUCGGUAG